AUGAUCUCAUCGUCUCCAGAUGUCGACCCUACUGAAGGGCUGCUUUCCGAUGAAGAGUCGCGCCCACGGAUGCCAAAAGAGAAAGGCAAGACAAGGAAUGGCCCUCUAUGGGUAACGGCCCUUCUGUACUUCGUAGCCAUUUCCUUGAUCUUUAUAUUCGGAAGUGUAGCUGGCUAUCACUGGCAAAACCUGGAUAGUCGUUGCACUCAGCACAUUUCUCAGUACUCCCCCUUGAUGAAAGACCAAGAUAUUACCUACCAUAUUCAGCAAUUCAACGGCUCAUUUCUCAAAGAGAAUAUUUUUCGAGGCAAUGCUAGUCCUGAGGUUGAUGCAGCAUGGGAAUCUUUGGGAGUUGAAUAUCGCCCCUUGCGGGUUCCUCCAGAGGACGCAGAAAAGGCUGGAAUCUCCCCAGAUCAAGUUAAGAUAAACGAUCAAUAUGGGGGUGGGUAUCCUGCAAACCUAGAAGGUUUACACCACCUACACUGUUUGAACCUCCUUCGUAAAUCACUCUAUUACAAUUACGAAUACUAUCAUUCCCGGGGCGAAGGCGCUUUCUCGAACAAUGACUACAUUGUUCGUCGGCAUGUCUCGCAUUGCUUAGACAUUCUUCGCCAGCAGCUCAUGUGCACGGUUGAUGUUGGAGUCCUAGGUCAAGUUUGGGUUUGGCCUGAGGACCCACGACCUUUCGUUGACUUUAAUACCCGCCAUCGAUGUAGGGAUUUCGAUCAGAUUCGACAAUGGGCUCAAGAUCAUCAGCUGCCUCAAAUUCCUCCUCCGGAUUUUUUGCAGGAGAAACCGGAGAGUGGGGAUAGGGUCUAUCCGGAGAUUCCUUAA